GAGAGUAGAGCUUAGGUGUCAGUUGCUCUUUAACAUUUCUUUUGUUUCCAAGGGUGGGAAAGGUGUCUGGUGGAGGGAGUCAUUAAGGCCACCUGGCAGGGGGUCUUCAUGAGUAAUUUGAGGUGUGAAUGGUCAUUAACAUAUCUUUUGUUUCCAAGGGUGGGUCUGAGGUGUGAAUUUGUCAUUAACAUAUCUUUUGUUUUCAAGGGUGGGAGAGGUCUGAGGUGUGAAUUGGUCAUUACAAUGUGU